CAGUGUUUACAUUUUUCGGGACUUUUGUCUGUUGUCUUUCUUUCUGUGCGACUUCGCAAACAGCGGAACGGAGCGUGACUAAUAAGAUGGAGUCAGUAAAACGUACCAGAGAUUUGUAUGCUCGGAAAUUUUAUUUCGGAAUUAACAAUAAGCGAAAGCUUCAUGAAUUGGAUCGGGAACCGUCAACUUCUGCGCCUAUCGCGUUUGAGAAGCCACAGUCGCAAACGCUUUCUAAAUCCUUAGAUUCGGAAGGCAAGAGAUUUUCGAAGCCACUUACGGAAUCCGAAACUCCAUUGGUCAGAUUUAUGCCGGAUUAUCUCAAUGUGGAGAUCGAAGAAACAAUUUCUGCGUUGGCGGAAACUUGCUUGCAAGGAAACAACGGAUUUUCGAGCAAGCACUCAACAUCUUCGUUGAAUGCGCACAUGCACUGCUACACCUGGCCGUGCGCGGCAGUUAUGGCCCAAUUUAUUUGGCACCACCGGAACGUUAUUUCCGGUUGUACGAUCUUGGAGAUCAGUGCAGGAACUGGCUUACCAAGCAUAAUCGCCGCUAAGCUUGGCUGUCGGGUAAUUGUGUCGGAGUGCGAUAUCCAACCUUGGUCGUCCUCCGUGGAGUCCGCAGCCGUGGCAUGUUGCCGACGAAAUUGCGAGCGGAAUGGCGUUAGCGUCAAAACGGUAAACCUCAACUGGGGCCAAGUGAAUUCCGCGAUGCUAUGUUUACCGCCCCUCGAUUAUGUUUUCCUUUCGGAUGUUUUAUUUUUUGAGAAGGAUUUUGAUCGAGUUUUCAUGACAGUUCGCUUCUUUUUAGAAAGGUUUAAAUGUGCUUGUUAUUGUUCGUACCAGUUGCGGGAUGAAGACUGGAAUCUUAGACUGAAAUCUUUGUGCCAGCGAUUUUCGUUAAAAUUGAUAAUUGUGCCGUUGAGCAGUUUUGAUGCCGAUAAAUGUGAUAUUGCUCGUAGUGGUCUUCCAGGAACUGUUCACAGUGAUAUUUUUCUGUUCAAGUUUGAGUUAUUGUAAU